AACUUGCCGGCUCGCCGCCUCCUUCCAGCCAUUAUAUAAACAAUAUCGCUUACGUAUGACGUCGAAUUGUGGUUGCGUACAUUAUGUUUAUUUUGUGUUGUGGUCACAUCCUAGCAGCAAUAUAUUUCGUUCUUCCAUACAUACAUGUAAAGUAUGUGAUUUUCGAAACGUAAACAGUGGCAGGCUACCGCUAAGGUUGGUUAGUUUUAGUUCUGACAAUGGCGAUGCCGGUGAACUCAAGAUGAAACCAAGUUUGUUACCGUACAUUACUUAAAAUUUCGCGUGUAUACAGAAAACUAAACGAAAUCGUAUUGCUUCGCGAUUAUCAAUGAAAUUCGCGUUAUCGCGAUCGCGAAAAUUUUAGUUGUCUAACAAUAAGUGAUUACUGUAAGUAAUUGAAUUUGAUCUUUUUGCAGAUAAGUGUAAAUAAAUCUGAUAGUAAGGUGUUAAAAAAUCAAUACAGGUGAAAUUAAAGUAGUUUAAAAAUGAUAAAACAUUUUUGAGUAAUAUAAGUAAAAAAUCGAUUUAAUUUUCAUAGUAAAAAACAGUCCAUUUGUUAACACACGUUGUACUGUAUAAGACAACGUCAGAUUAAUAAUAUUAUUGCUCCUCCAUUUUAAAGUUCAGUUCCCCAUGGAAAUCAUUGAGAUCAACACUAAUAUUUGGGCUAGUCGUGAGGGACUAGUAAAAGUCAUGUCAGAACCUAGGGAUACGAUGAACAUGUUUUUUAAAUCCUUCAAUUUGGCCUCUGAAAUUGGUUUUCCCUUGGCCCACAAAGGCAUGAGCUGUCAACAUAAUAUUCAUUACCCUGCUUGUAUCACUAUUUCAUCUUGGACUUUAUUUCAUCUAGUUUGUGCUCGGGACCAUCAAAAGCACAGCACACAAGGAGUAACAUAGGAUCUUUCUAAUUUAAAACCAGCUUACUUCUUUGCUCUCAAUGGUUUUUUUUCCGGUUAGUUAUGAGUUUUUCAACCAACUUAACCAGUAGACAUGAAAUCUUUAUUUUCCAUUCUUCUGUGAGGUUUCUUUUUUUGGUUUGCAUUUUUCAUUACUGAAGAAUAAUCCUCUGGGCUGUACAAGUGUUGUCAUCUUAACAAAUUUUCUAUCCACCCAAAAUCAUCGUUGUUUGGAAGGAAGCUGUGUCAUGGAAUGGGAAAUUUAUGUGUGAUUUUCUACAAAGAUGGAUGAUCAUCAGGGAUUGAUUUUUACAUUAGCUCAAUCUUUAUAUUUAGAUUUUGUCACCCAUACGAGUCAGGCAAGAACUGACUUCCUGUGCUCGACCUGCUUUCCCUGCAACACAGGUGUAUUCUUUUUUCUGUAUUUCCAGAACGUGGGUAAAUAUGUAGAGUCGCGGUAUAUGCGAAAAAAAAUUCUAAAAAUCCGAAAAUACUUUUAUUCUAUGCUCUUUCACUUCCUCUUUUCAAUAAACCCGGCGGAGAUAAGAAAUUCCAAAUACUUUAGGAGAUAUCGAAUUUUUAUUUUCCAUCACAAUACCGACCAUUGUUGCUUGUUUACGUUUAUGAUUUUUUUAUUUUCGCGACGUAGGUAGAACGACUACAUCAUUUUCUACUAAUGGCAAAGGAAUUGUACCCGCCUCUAACGUAUGUGAGUUUUUAACGUUUCAAAUUUUAAUGUUUUAUUUGUUGUGCAAGUAAUAAGUAAAAAAAAAAUUACGUGAGUUCCUACUGUUCAUCCUUUGUCCCGGUUUGUUAGGUCAGGUCAGCUACAUUAUAAAUACUUUAAAACUUAACAACCAUUAAAAUUAAUUUAUAUUAUUUUUAAUGUCUGCUUAGUUUGAAAGUAUUAAUAAUGUAACUGACCUGAUCUAAUCGACCAUUUUAAUUAAUUAGGCAUUCACGAACGGUAAAUCAAGACGCACAUAAAGUUCUGCCAUUCCCGAUUAAACCCGAACCAUUUACCUUCGGCCAACCUCGGGUUUAUUUAUUAAUAUUUAUAUUUCUCUGUUUAUUUUAAUGUAGCUAUACUAACCUAACUAACCGUCCAUAGUGUUUUAAAGUGUUUUAAUGUAGAUAACAUAACAUAACUAUAAUAAAAGUAUUUUCAGAUUUUAAUAGAUACUCCUAAACAAGCAACAAUGAAGUCGUUCACCUACGUCGCGGAAAAAAAAAUCAUACUCGUCUCGUAAACAAGAAACAAUGGUGGCCGCCUGAAUUCACAGGUAUUGUGAUGAAAAUUUAAAAAUUCGAUAUCUCCUAAAGUAUUUGGAAUUUAUCUCCGCCGGUUUUAAUGUAAAGAGCAAGUGAAAGAGCAUAUAAUAAAAGUAAUUUCAGAUUUUUAGAAUUAUUUUUCGCAAAUACCGCUACUCUACAUGUUCAAAAUUUAUAAAUUCCAUAUCUCCUAAAGGGUCAUUCCAUGUGAAAUGACCCUAAAUAGAAUAUUUUUUUCUUUUUUUUUUAAAUUUAAAUUCUAUAUAAAUUCAAUAACAGUAUUCCAAAGAUUAUGUGAAAAGUAAAAUGUAAUGCUAAAUUUGAAAACUGAUGGCAAUGGUCUAUUUACAAAGUUUUGGCAGUUAACUGAAUUUGUUACUCUGACAAUAACCCAGAAGUUGGUUACACUGAAAAUUUCACUCUUAACAAACAGCUGAUAGGUGGCAAUUGGAAUGGUUUCUCCAGGCCUAGAAGAAUAUUUCCACAGUAUAUAAAAGUUGAUUGCAGCCUAUAUAGUACGACUAGAUGUCUUCUACUGAGAGGGUAAAAAAGUAUCGGCAAAAGUUACACCAGAAUAAAGAAGAACAUGAAAAACAUUUGGAGAAGGAAAGGGAAAGAGACAGAAAAAGACGCGACAAAGCAAGAGAAAUGUGUCAGAUAAGCAAAAAAGCAUUAAAACGUAAAAGGCUGAACGAUGCACAGACAAAGAAAACACAGAGAGAAAAUAAAGAAGAGAGGAGCAGCAACAAUUUCAACAGGACUGACACCUGAUAAAGAGUCAUAUUCUUGUAUCCGUUCUUUUGGAAGAGCUGUUAAUAAAGUAAGAAAGCACCUUCCGUCUAGUCCAAGGAAGAAAAGUGCAGUGGUUAAGAAACUUUUGUUAGAGGUACUACCUGAGGUAGCUAAAAAAGUUGCUAAUAUUUCUAAAACAGGAAAACAUUUACACAAAGAAACAGAAGAAAAAGUACUGGAGUUUUAUGUAAGAGAUGAUGUUAGUUGUCAAAAACCUGGUCAAAAGGAUGUUGUUAUCAUUAAAAAUCUUCAAACAGGUGAAAAAGAAUAUUUUCAAAAGAGAAUUAUGAUUACAACAAUAGGAGAGGCAUACGAGCUGUUUAUUUCUGAAUAUCCAAAUCUAGAAAUCAAGAAGUCCAAAUUUUUUUUCCUUGCGACCCCCAUAUGUUCUGCCAGUAGCAGAAACACCACAUAAUGUGUGUGGCUGCAAAUACCAUUGCAAUAUGCAGUUAUUAAUUGAUGCUGUGAGCAAAGCUGUUACGUUCCCUUGUCAAAUGGAUGAUCUUCUAGUUACUGCAGUAUGUGAUGAAGACAAUUACCCUUGCAUGGCUAAUUUUUGUGACCAGUGUAGACACUUUCCUAUAAUUGGGCUCAUUGAUAAAGACAACAUGGACAUAGAUGUCAAGUGGCAACAAUGUAAAGAAGUCAACCUCAUAGAGCAUACAGGAAAAAUACACAACUGCAUACAAGAAAUUCAGAAUCAAUUUCCACAAUUUAAACUGCACUGUUACAUUAAAAGAAAGCAAGCAAAGCAUUUUGAAGCUACAAAAUUAAAAGUUACAACAAAUACUGCUGUUCUUCAAAUAGACUUCGCAGAAAACUAUACAGCAGGGUUUCAAUAUGAAAUUCAAAGUGCACACUGGCACAAACAACAAGUAUCACAUUGGCACAAACAACAAGUAUCACAUUGGCACAAACAACAAGUAUCACUUUUCACUGCAGUUGCUUGGGUUGGUGUCUGCAGACGUUGUUUUGUAAUAGUCAGUGAUGACUUGAACCACAACAAAUACAGUGUCUGGGUUUUCUUAAAUAAAUUGAUCAAAGUCUUGAAAGAAGAAUUUCCCAGCCUUGCACGGGUUCAUAUAUUUUCGGAUGGAAGUGCAGCUCAAUUUAAGAACCGUUACAUAAUUCUGUCUUUGACAUAUUUUCAGCAAGAUUUUGGUACUGAUUGCACUUGGAACUUCUUUGCUACAUCUCAUGGCAAAGGGUCUGUAGACGGUGUAGGAGGGACAGUGAAACGUACAGUUUGGCGUUUAGUCAAGUCACGUCAGUGUGUUGUACAGUGUGCAGAAGACUUUUUUGACUGUGCUAGGAAUGCCUUAAAGGGGAUAACAAUCCUCUUCACAUCUGCCAUUAAGAUUAUUUCAAUGUAUGAAACUGUGUCCUCAAGAUGGGUUAAUGUUGAUCCGGUUCCAAGGCUCCAAAAACUUCACAGCUUCCAGCCUGUGACUGAAGGCGUUGUUAGAGUUGCUAUAACAUCUUAUGGUGAAAACAGUUUGGUUGUAAACUUGAAAAAUGCAUAUAAUGAGUGUGAAGUUAGUGAUGCUCCACAACCAGGCCCAUCUGCAUCAGUCAGCAUAGAGGGCACAGACAGUAUUGAAGUUGGCGACUUUGUAUUUGUGCAACUUAAUGUAAUGGGUCUUGGGACCAAAACCACUAGCCGGAAAGACUAUUUUGCUGAAGUGCUUAGUAUUGACAUUGAAACUAACCAAGUAGUUUUAAAAUACAUGCAUCCAAGUGGGAAGAUGUGGAUCUGGCCAAAAGAAAAUGACAUUUCAACUGAGGACAUUUCUGUUAUUGUGAAUAAAUGUGAACCUCCCAAACUUGUCAAUAACCGUGGACAGUUUACAUUUAAAUAAUUUCUUUUUAGUCAAAAUGAAGUUUAAAGGAUGGUUAAAGUAGGUUUUUUUGAUUUUAAAUAAAUAAAUAAUUUUUAAGAAUUGAUUUUACAAAUCUAUCAUCAUUAAAAUGUUUUGUCACACCUGUAACGUCACACCCGCAACAUGUAGAAAAUUUUUUAAAAAUUAUAAAAAAAUAGUUGUGCUUGUUUAAAAUUCAUUUUCAGAUAAUUUUAAUCAUCAGAAUACACUUAAGUUUUUUUUAAGAAUUUAAAUUAUUUUUUCCAAAAUUUUAUUAACAGACAUUUCCAGUCAAAAACACCGUUGUUCAUAAAGAGAGGUAUUUUUUGUCACACCCGUAACAAUUUUAAUUUUAGCACCACGGUACCUUAAUAAAGAGUUUAGAUAUAUUUUAAGCAUUUGGUUUGUGAACUAAUCAUUUAGAGAAGAGUACAUCCACUUUAAAAAAUUAUGCUUACUUAAAAUUUUUCUGGACAUACUGUUUUGCAUUGCAGAAUCUACCAAUUUUGUCACACCCGUAACAAUGGAAUGACCCUAAAGUAUUUGGAAUUUCUUAUCUCCGCCGGUUGAUUUGAAAAGAGGAAGUGAAAGAGCAUAGAAUAAAAGUAUUUUCGGAUUUUUAGCAUUUUUUUCCGCAUAUACCGUUACCCUACAUAUUUACCGCAAAGUUUUUCCAAAUCAAAAGUUAAGCAUUCUACCUUCUCAGAAGUGGAUGCUUCUGCCAUGUUCCCUUUUAAUCUUGCAGUUACAUCCUCGCACACAUACAAGUGCUUAUCGUGUUCUUGUAUAGCAUUCUUUUCCUUAAGAUUAUCAAGACCAACGGUAAAUAUGUAGUUGAGCGGGAUUUGCGAAAAAAAAUGUUAAAAAUCCGAAAAUACCUUUAUUAUAUGCUCUUCAAUGUCCUCUUUUCAUUAAAAGCGGCGGAGGUAAGAAAUUCCAAAUACUUUAGGAGAUAUCAAAUUUUUUAUCAUCAUAUGUAGUUCAGCGGUAUUUGCGAAAAAAAAUGUUAAAAAUCCGAAAAUACCUUUAUUAUAUGCUCUUCAACUUCCUCUUUUCAUUAUAAGCGGCGGAGAUAAGAAAUUCCAAAUACUUUAGGAGAUAUCGAAUUUUUAAAUUUCAUCAUAAUACCAGUGCAUUCAUGUGGCGUGGUACCUACAUUGUUACUUGUUUACGAAUAUCUAUUUUUUUUUUAUUGGAUAAUAUGUCAGGUGAUUGUUCGUGAUAGGCCAGAAUUCAAAUGAACCAAUACGUGAUUAUUUAGUUAAUUUAUUGUUUAAAACGGUGUUUAAUUACCGCCUCCAACUUAAGUGAGUUUUUAACGUUUCUAAUUUUAAAGUCUUAUUUGUUAUUUGGUUUAUAUUGUUGUGGAAGUAAUAAGUAACAAAAAAAUUUUACGUGAGUUGUUACUGUUCAUCCUUUGUCCCGGUUUGUUAGGUCAGGUCAGUUACAUUAUAAAUACUUUAAAACUAAAGAACCAUUGAAAUUAAUUCAUAUUAUUUUUAAUGUACGCUUAGUUUCAAAGUAUUUAUAACGUAACUGACCUGACCUAAUCGACCAUUUUCAUUAGUAAGGCAUUCACAAACGCAUGGCAAUAUAAAAAUGGUAUCGGUCGAACGAUUACACAGGUCUUGUAUAGCAAAAUAAGAACUGCAAUAUCUCCUAAAGUAUUUGGAAUUUCUUAUCUCCGCCGCUUUUAAUAAAAAGAGGAAUAUGAAGAGCAUAUAAUAAAGAUAUUUUCAGGCUUUUAACAUUUUUUUUCGCAAAUACCGCUGAACUACAAUGUUGAAAUUUAAAAAUUCAAUAUCUCCUAAAGUAUUUGGAAUUUCUUAUCUCCGCCACUUUUAAUGAAAAGAGGAAGGUAAAGAGCAUAUAAUAAAAGUAUUUUUGGAUUUUUAACAUUUUUUUUCGCAAAUCCCACUCAACUACAUAUUUACCAGACCAACUUGUUUUGUUGUGUACAUGUCACACUUGUUACAUGUAUCUUUUUUAAUGGUUUGAAUUUCAAAUUGUAAUUGGUAUAAAUAUUAUUUUGAAUGUGGCUAGAAAAAACAACUACGUCUGAUGGUUUUUCAUUUACAUGCAACUCAUACAUUUUGGAUAUGGUCAUACCUGGGGGCAAUAACAAUUAUUUAGUUUGUGAACGACAGUAAUGUGAAAUACAUUUGGGGAUACUGUCAAUACAUUGUGUUCUGUUCCUCUUUGUUUUGUUUAAUAAUAAUUCACUCAACACAUUGUACUUAUUGUCUUUAUUCACUACAUCUUAUUACAUAUUACUUGAUCCUCUCACUCCAUUUCCAUUGUGACCUCUGCCCAUUACUGACAACCUUCCCUUCGUCAUUUCCCACCUUAAUACCAACCUCAACCUCUGAACUCCACAAUUCCCUCACUCAUAUACAUAUCAUACAUCUCCCUUCUUUACCCCUUCCAGUUGUCCAACUUCUUUUAUAUGACCACUACAUUCUCGCGUACACUCAGACAACCACCAUCUUAUGUUGCAAUGCUACACUCACCACAAGGAUUUGUACACUUUCCACAAUCUAAGGCACAUCAGCUUAUUCAAAUAUUAAGUUUCUGUGACAGUACAAAUUGUCUACCAGUCCUCGUCCUUUUCCCCUCAGUGAGACCGACACCCCUCAGCUCACCCCUGUCCACACUUUCCGCUUCAUUUAGUGUAGGAGGUCAGCAGUCUUAAUGGCCUCUCUGUGUGACUCCUCUGCUUCUGUCUCGGUGAAACCCUUGAAGCUUUUCAAACAGCUGGCGUUUCUUCUGCACUCCUGGUGUGUUACCUCAUCCCUCACUCUAUAGGACCUUGGAGUAUUGUACGUUCCCAUGACCACUGUCUUGUUCCAGCACUGCAGUUUUUGAUCUCUUAAUAGCACUGCCUCUCCUUGGUGAAAUUCUUUUUCCUUUCCAGCUGACCUAUCAUAUUUCAGUUUGCUUUUAUUCUCGCCUGAAUUAAGUCUUGACGUACAUCCUUAACUGUUGGCAGCAGCAGCUCUUGUUUAAGGGGUAGUCGGGUCCUAACUUGUCUGUUCAUUAUUAAGGGAGACUGGGGAGGGUUGAUACAGUUUUUAGAAAUUAAUUUUUAUAUUUUUAAUAACUAAAUUUUAAUGCUUUAUAUAUAUGUAAACUGGGUUAUAAACUUUAAGCAACUGAGACUCUGUAACUUAGAGACCUAAAAAAAUAUUUUUAAUGUUAUUUUAUUGAUUAUUAUGGAGGGUGUAAUUUGUAUCAAACCUCCCCAUGCUAGGGAGACUUGAGACAGCCUUGGGGAGCAUUGAUACACAUGUUGGUCUGAGGGUUGAUACAGGCCUAAGUUAUUGUUAACAUUUUAUUCAUAAUACUUAUAUAUAUAUAAUUAAACAAGCUAUAACAAUUUUACAGUAAAAUUACUCAAAUUUUUAAUUUUAAAAUUGUGUAUGGAAUAUUUGUGCAACCACCACUUGAGAGAAGGUAUCAAUAAGAAUAUAUCAACCUAAAAAAAAAUUCUUUUAAAUCUGCACAGUGCUACUCAACAAUAAUUCCAUGAAUCCCUUCAUUAAACUCAAAGCACGUUAUCCUGUCAUUUUUAAUAUGAAACUGUGGUGCCAUUAAUCGUUUUUCCACCUGAUCUUCAUCAAUCACGCUUACAUCUUCCCUUUCUGGCCACUUAAACUUACUGUCCUGAAUGUGCCGUGCAAAUCUCACUUUCCACUCAUCAUUAGACACUUUUUCUUCAACACAACCUACAAACCUGCAAACAGACUUUUUCUGGCGAUAAGUAACUAAAAUCCAAUCUCCUUUAUCAAUAGGGUGCACAAAAUCAUCCCCAUUAGAUGACUCAAUUUCAACAUCCAAAAAUGAACUGUUCAAUUGAAGUAUUUCUUCAUCUUACGCAUCAUCAAUACAACAAACUUUCUCCUUUGUAGAAUGCUGAACUGGCUUUAUUUGUCUACUAAACAAGUUAGAUCUUGGUUUUUUAAUUUGGGAUGUGACUUUGCUUGUGCGUCUUCUGAAUUCCUCUUCCAAUUUGUUUUUGAUUGGCGUGUCAGUUAGUAUAAGAGAUCUUUUUCGUUUUCUGCCUCCUUUCCUUCUGCAUUUUCUUGGUCCAGCUUUUGGAUAGGGGGCAAUUUGUUCUGGUGAUACAAUAGUUUGUGAUUUUUCAGCUGUAACUUCAACUAGCAUGUCAGUAGUGAAAUUAGGCCUACUUAUGUUUAAAGAUCCGUUAUUCGAAGUUCCUGGUUGAAACUCUACAUAUCCAGAACUACCUCCUUGAAAGAUUGACUGUUUGGGUGCAGGUUCUUCUACAGGCAAGGUAGGAUUAGGUCUGUCAGUUACUGAAGCUCUUAGAAAAUCAUCAUCAGUGAAUAUGUUUUUAUCAAAUGGAUGUAUUCCAGUCACUCUGAAACCUGACACAAUAUUUUGAGGAGUGAAAGCCUGAGGAAAUGCUUUUCCGAUAACUUCACCUACGUUAUAAACAGUCAUAGGUGUACCUGAAUGAUGGAUCAU